UUCCAUUGUUGUUAGUGCGCAGCAUCGAGGGGUUGUGUUUUUUUCGGGCGUCUCUACGCUUCCACCACAAUCGCACUGUUGCAGCAAGAUAGAAGGCGAAUUCAGCCUCCCAUCCAACCAACCCCUUCGAUGCUGACCGGGGCGCGGAAAAAGAGAAAAUGUGGAUCAGUGUGCUAUUCGAUUCCGCGCCGUGAUGUUGUCGGUGUCACGCGAUCCUACCACACCGUAGCCAAGUUGGAGUUGUGUACCAUGUGCACCAUCUACGCAACCGAUCGGUACAAACGGCGUACGGCGCGCCGGACGACGACGCCCGGAAGUCUACAGCGGUGGACGGCGACGGUGGGCGUUACCGCGCUUCUACUACUGGCCACCAUCGGAAGUGUUGUGCAGUGUCAAACGUUUAUACGGCGAACGGCCAACGUUUGCCGCACGGACGAUGAGUGUCCGGUGCAGGCGUACUGCGAACGGUACAACUCGGUCCACGAGUAUGGCGUUUGUUCGUGCAUGGCCGGUUACUUCGCCGUGACAGACAAUAAUAACACGCGUCGGUGCUUGAGAGCGGCCACCGACAUCGGAGACUACUGCCUACACAACGACCAGUGCCAGUACACGCUCAGCACCGGCAACUCGGAAUGCCGGGACAAUUCCUGCCAAUGCGUGGACGGUGCGCACUAUGUCGAGCGGGAGAAGCGUUGCUACAAGACGAGCUUUCUGGGCGAAUACUGUCGCCUGACGAACAACUGCAUCGGGAACGAUACGUACUGCCGGGAUGGGAUCUGCGUGUGUACCCCGGGCAAGCAUCCCAACACGGACCGCAACAGGUGUCUGCACGACGCGAAGCUGGGCGAUCAAUGUUACCGGGAUGAGGAAUGCGUGACGGAUAAUUCGCGCUGUUCGAAGGAGAUUUGUACGUGCCGCGUCAGUCACGUGCUGAACGAGCAGCGAAACCGUUGCCUACCGAUUGCUAGCAAAAUUUACGACCUGUGCGAGGAAAACAUUCAGUGUCUGUACAACAUUCCCCAUUCGCAGUGUCGCAUCACGACCGGGACGGACGGUAUAACUGCGGGACGAUGUACCUGUGCGAGCCGGUUCCAUGAGGCAGGAUUUAAAUGUGUCUCGUCGGUGCACCUGAAUGGAAUCUGUGAAGUGAACGACAAUUGUGUCGAUCGGGACACGGGUUGUUUCCAUGGGCGUUGUCGCUGUAUCGACCAUAUGAUCGAGGUGGAUGGUAUCUGCUCCGGUUCAUUGAGACUGCAACGCGGGAGCAUUCUGGCUGGGCUGGCGACACUGCUCUUCCUGGUGCAAUGGUACGCCGGCUUCAGCUGACCGUGCUAACAAACAAGGCGCAAAAAGAAAAACCCACGUGCACUUUACACCAAAAGCUAAAACAAAAAUCUCAUACUGGAAGUAUUUAGCCUAAAAAUACUCAGCGAUUGCAAGUAACGAACGUUCGAAAUAUUUAAUUCCAUGCUAAUUUAAAAACGCAAACAAAUCACCUCAUUCAUUCUUACCAAAUGGAAACCAAUGAUCUUGCUGAAAGUGGUUUAUGUUCGUACUGUACUUAAGAAAUAAACAUGUUGUUGUAAGUGAUGUUUAAA